GGAGAAGCAGUGCGUAGUGAGUUAGGUUGUUAGAAAGUUAAUGGCUGGGGGAAAGAAAUCCUCCUCAACCCUCGCUUCGGGAGAGUUUCAGGAUUCCCUGAAGUAAAAACGACAAAGAUACUCCCGAAUGAAGUUACAGUCAACAAUAAGAACGCUAAUAUACGUAUUGUCAAUAUAAGUAUGCAGGAUGCAGUAGCCGGGACAGCAAUGCUGACGGACGGCUUCGAGGACGAGAUUGACUCGGUGACUCCUCGCACCCCAGCGGUAGGGAUGGGGGUAGGAGCAACACCAGGAGUCGGACUCGGGGGCAUAGGGAUUGGUGUGGGAAAGAAAGUACGCUUGUUUGGCGAUCCAGGUGGGCCUACUACAGACAGACUGGAUUUCAAACUGGCUGCAGCUGCAGUCCUUUCCUCUGGUCCCGGUUCCAAUAGCGACGAAGACGAGGUCUCAGAGGUUGAGUCAUUUAUCUUGGACCAGGAAGACUUGGAAAACCCCAUCAUGAAGACUGCCUCAGAGCUACUACUUUCCAGUGCCACAGACGGAGUGGACCUCCGCACUGUAGACCCAGAAACACAGGCCCGUCUCGAGGCAUUGCUAGAGGCUGCAGGCAUUGGUAAACUGUCGACUGCGGAUGGUAAAGCGUUUGCAGAUCCCGAAGUGCUGCGGAGGCUGACGUCCUCAGUGAGCUGUGCCCUGGACGAGGCGGCCGCCGCCCUGACGCGCAUGAGAGCAGAGAACACGCUCAACGCCGGGCAGGCCGAUAAUCUGGUUAUUUUCAGCCGUAGUCUAGCGGAGGCGUGUUCGGACGGAGACGUGAAUGCGGUGAGAAAGCUGCUAGACGAAGGCCGAAGCGUCAACGAACACACGGAAGAGGGAGAGAGUCUGUUGUGCCUAGCCUGCUCUGCUGGAUACUAUGAACUCGCUCAGGUGCUACUGGCGAUGCAUGCCAAUGUGGAGGACCGGGGGAUUAAAGGUGACAUCACGCCCCUGAUGGCGGCGGCAAGCGGAGGUUAUGUUGACAUCGUGAAGUUGCUCCUGGUCCACGGUGCUGACGUCAAUGCUCAGUCUUCCACCGGGAACACAGCCCUGACGUAUGCAUGCGCCGGGGGGUUUGUAGAUGUGGUGAAGGUUCUCCUAAAAGAGGGGGCCAACAUCGAGGACCACAACGAGAACGGCCACACCCCCUUGAUGGAGGCGGCCAGCGCGGGCCAUGUAGAGGUGGCCAGGGUUCUGCUGGAGUACGGUGCCGGCAUCAACACACACUCCAAUGAGUUCAAGGAGAGCGCUCUCACAUUGGCCUGCUACAAAGGUCAUCUGGACAUGGUGAGGUUUCUGCUGGAGGCUGGGGCUGAUCAAGAGCAUAAGACAGAUGAGAUGCACACAGCAUUAAUGGAAGCCUGCAUGUCCCAGGACGGGCACGUGGAAGUGGCACGGCUGCUGUUGGACAGCGGGGCACAGGUGAACAUGCCCGCUGACUCCUUCGAAUCCCCCCUCACCCUGGCAGCCUGCGGUGGGCACGUAGAAUUGGCAGCCCUGCUCAUUGAAAGAGGAGCCAACCUAGAGGAGGUGAACGAUGAGGGCUAUACUCCUCUGAUGGAAGCGGCCAGGGAAGGACAUGAAGAGAUGGUGGCUCUGCUACUGGCUCAAGGUGCUAACAUCAACGCCCAGACCGAGGAGACCCAGGAAACAGCCCUGACUCUGGCCUGCUGUGGCGGCUUCCUGGAGGUGGCAGACUUCCUCAUCAAAGCCGGGGCCGACAUCGAGCUGGGCUGCUCCACGCCUCUAAUGGAGGCCGCCCAGGAGGGCCACCUGGAGCUGGUGAAAUACCUCCUGGCCGCUGGGGCCAACGUGCACGCCACCACAGCGACGGGAGACACAGCGCUGACGUACGCGUGUGAAAACGGACACACCGACGUGGCUGAUGUCCUACUGCAGACCGGCGCCGACCUGGAGCAUGAGUCUGAAGGAGGGAGGACUCCAUUGAUGAAGGCGGCCAGGGCGGGACACCUAUGCACUGUGCAGUUCCUCAUCAGCAAGGGUGCUAACGUGAACCGAGCGACAGCCAACAACGACCACACGGUGGUGUCUCUGGCCUGUGCUGGAGGACACCUGGCUGUCGUAGAGCUGCUCCUGGCCCAUGGGGCCGACCCCACACACAGACUCAAGGACGGCUCGACCAUGCUGAUUGAAGCUGCUAAGGGUGGCCACACCAACGUGGUGUCUUACCUGCUAGACUACCCAAACAACAUCCUGUCUGUUCCAGCACCUGACCUCUCCCAGCUCACACCCCCGUCACAAGACCCCUCUCAGGUUCCUCGUGUCCCAUUCCAGGCCCUGGCCAUGGUUGUGCCCCCCCAGGAACCAGACAGAGCCCCCUCCAACAUCACCACGCCACCACCACCUGUCUCCAGCAAAGGCUCAUCCAAGCAGAGACAGGCAGCCCUUCCCCCCAGUCCCUCCAGCCCAGGCGGCGUGCGUGCCGGCCCGGGUCUCGGGGAGACAGAGACCCUGCCCCCCUUCCACCUGUGCCAGCCCCUGGAGUGUAUCGUGGAGGAGACGGAAGGCAAGCUGAAUGAGCUGGGCCAGAGGAUCUCAGCCAUAGAGAAGGCCCAGCUCCAGUCUCUGGAACUCAUCCAGGGGGAGCCGCUCACCAAAGACAAGAUCGAGGAGCUCAAGAAGAGCCGGGAAGAGCAGGUGCAGAAGAAGAAGAAGAUCUUGAAGGAGCUUCAGAAGGUGGAGCGCCAGCUGCAGUUGAAGACCCAGCAGCAGUUCACCAAAGAGUACCUGGAGGCCAAGGGUCUGAAGGAGGAGCACGAGGGAGGCCAGGGCCCGGGGCCGGGGUUGGGAGGGGCCAACGCCACCCCGUCCCGAGCCCUCACGGCACCAUCAGGGGUUAACACACACACACUCCUUGGGUCAGACGCGCGGUCUGAUGAGGAGGGGAACAGAGAGGAGGAGGAGGAGCCGGCUGGGGAGGAGGAGGACGACGAAGAGGACGAGGAUGACGAGGACGAAGACGACGACGAGGAUGAGGAUGAUGAUGAAGACGAGGUGGAAGGAGAAGAGGAAGAUUACGCCAAGCUCCCCCAGGUGGACACCAUUCUCAAACUGGAAGGGCAGCCCCCCUCUGCCUCCCCCCAGACCCUGUCCUCCCCCCACAACCACCCCCCGCCCCCGCCACUCCAGACGGCCUUCGUGCCCAUCCAGCCCCUGCCCGACUACAGCACGGUCCCGGUCGUCUACCCCUUACCUGGCAGUAGCAGCCCCGAGCUGCAGAGGCUGCUGGUGGGUCAGCAGAUGCUGGGCCAGGGGCAGGGUCAGGGGUUAGGACCAGGGAUGGUGGGACAGCCGGCCCCCGACGGUCUCAUGGUGGCCACGCCCGCUCAGACGCUCACAGACACGCUGGAUGACAUCAUGGCAGCAGCGGUGAGCAGCAGAGUGCCCAUGCUGAACACACGGUCUUCCCCCACCCCACUGUCUGACCCCCUGUCACACAGCCCGUCCAACAUGUCCUCGCCCCCCUCGGUACUGCCCCUCUACCCCUCCGUGGACAUCGACGCGCACACGGAGAGUAACCAUGACACGGCUCUGACGCUGGCUUGUGCCGGAGGACACGAGGAGCUGGUGUCUGUUCUCAUCGCACGAGGAGCCAACAUAGAACAUCGUGACAAGAAGGGGUUCACCCCACUCAUCUUGGCCGCGACAGCAGGACAUGUGGGGGUUGUGGAGGUCCUACUGGAUAAAGGGGGCGACAUCGAGGCCCAGUCAGAGAGAACCAAAGACACGCCCCUCUCCCUUGCCUGCUCAGGGGGACGACAAGAGGUGGUGGAGUUGUUGCUAUUGCGAGGAGCCAACAAGGAGCAUCGUAAUGUGUCUGACUACACUCCUCUGAGCCUAGCGGCAUCAGGAGGUUAUGUCAACAUCAUCAAGAUCCUCCUCAACGCUGGAGCAGAGAUCAACUCCAGCUCUCCGUCCGUCCCCCCCUCCAGGACGGGCAGUAAGCUGGGCAUCUCUCCCCUGAUGCUUGCGGCCAUGAACGGCCACGUGCCAGCGGUCAAGCUUCUGUUGGACAUGGGCUCUGACAUAAACGCGCAGAUCGAAACCAACAGGAACACGGCCCUGACUCUGGCCUGCUUCCAGGGACGGGCCGAGGUGGUCAGUCUGCUGCUAGACCGCAAGGCCAACGUGGAGCACAGAGCCAAGACCGGGCUGACCCCCCUAAUGGAAGCCGCGUCGGGGGGCUAUGCGGAGGUGGGCCGGGUGUUGCUGGAUAAAGGGGCCGACGUCAACGCCCCUCCUGUCCCGUCGUCCCGGGACACUGCUCUCACCAUCGCAGCCGACAAGGGCCACUACAAGUUCUGUGAGCUGCUCAUUAACCGAGGUGCUCACAUUGACGUGCGUAAUAAGAAAGGGAACACCCCUCUGUGGCUGGCCACUAACGGCGGCCAUUUUGACGUAGUGCAACUGCUGGUGCAGGCCGGGGCCGAUGUAGACGCCGCGGACAACCGCAAGAUCACCCCUCUCAUGGCGGCCUUCCGCAAGGGUCACGUGAAGGUGGUUCAGUACCUGGUGAAGGAGGUCAACCAGUUCCCCUCAGAUAUCGAGUGUAUGAGAUACAUCGCUACCAUUGCUGACAAGGAGCUGCUGAAGAAGUGCCACCAGUGCAUGGAGACCAUCGUCAAAGCCAAAGACCAGCAGGCUGCCGAAGCCAACAAGAACGCCAGCAUUCUCCUCAAGGAGCUGGACCUUGAGAAAUCCAGAGAGGAGAGCAAGAAGCAGGCGCUCGCCGCCAAGAGGGAGAAACGCAAAGAGAAACGCAAGAAGAAGAAGGAGGAGCAGAAGAGAAAGCAAGAGGAGGAGGAGGAGCAAGAACAGAAAACCGAGGAGGAGGAGGACAGUGAAAUGCAGGAGCAGAAGGAGGAUGACGAUUCUGCUGACGAAGCGGACCCCCCCAUCGACCCCCCCAGUGCCACUACCACCACCACAAUCGGUAUCCCGGCAACCUCGGCCACCUUCAGCAGUGCUUUCGGUAAGAAAAGGGCCAGUGUUGCUCCGACGCCCAGCGCCAACCGCAAGAGCAAGAAGAACAAGACCAAGGAGUCGUCCCCCAGCGAACCAAUCAUACUGCAGGACCCACAGCAGGUGGUGCUGGCGCAGCACAAGGCCGACAAGAACAAGAUCCAGGGCGAGCCUCGGGGCGGGGGCGGCGGGGUGAUGGGGGGCGCCAGUGACUCAGACCCUCUGGACAGCACCGACUGUGCCAGCGAGAGCAGCAGCGGGGGCAAGAGCCAGGAGCUCAACUUCCUCCCGGACCUCCCCUCGUCAUCCUCCUCCUACUCGUCCUCUUCCUCGUCCUCCUCUUCGUCCUCGGCCCCUUCUCACAGCCUGCAGCCGGGCCCAGAGAAGAGACACUGUCCUCAGUUACACCCAGGUCACCAAGUCACCGUCUCCAUCUCCAAACCUACACAGAAAGCGCCGGACAUUAGUGAGUUGACCCCCAGCAGCUCCCUGCCGUCGCCGUUCAAGAACAUGUCUCUUCCCAUCACCUCGCCCAACAGUAAGAGCCUCACCAGCCCCAAGAGGGGCCAGAAGAGAGAGGAGGGCUGGAAGGAGGUGGUCAGACGGUCUAAGAAGCUGUCUGUGCCGGCCUCUGUGGUGUCACGGAUCAUGGGUAGGGGCGGCUGUAACAUCACGGCUAUCCAGGACGUGACGGGAGCACACAUUGACGUGGACAAACAAAAAGACAAGAACGGGGAGAGGAUGAUCACCAUCAGAGGUGGCACAGAGUCGACGCGGCACGCAGUCCAGCUGAUCAAUUCUCUGAUCCAGGAUCCCGCCAAGGAGCUAGAGGACCUGAUCCCCAGGAACCACAUCAGGGCCCCGGGCUCCAAGACCUCCUCAGCCCCCUUCCCCUCCUCCGCCGGGGUCAACUCGAACCCCGCUGUCGGUGCUAAGGCCUUGGCCUCCCUGGUCACCACCUCGGGAGUGUCCUUCCCGUCGUCCUCCUCCUCCCAGGCGGGGGGUAAGACUGGUAAGGGGCUGUCCUCUGGUGUGAGACAGCCCUUCCCCGUGUCCCUCCCCCUGGCCUACGCCCAUCCUCAGCUAGCCCUCCUGGCCGCCCAGACCAUGCACCAAAUCCGACACCCCCGGCUGCCCAUGGCCCAGUUCGGUGGGACCUUCUCACCGGCCCCCAGCACCUGGGGCCCGUUCCCGGUGCGGCCCGUGAGUCCCGGCAGCGCCAACGGAUCCCCGAAGCACAGCGGUGGCAGUGGAGGCAGCCAGGCCAGGUCCAACACCUCGGGUCAUAACGAGGCCGGUAACACCUCCACCACGGCCAGCGCCAGCGUCUCUAACAGUUACACGGCAACCGGCUCGCCCCACGCGCCUAACUCCCUGCCCGGCGCCCCCACUCCCUCCUCAGUCAGGAAACAGCUGUUCACCUCAGAACCCAAGCACGCGGGGGCCAACUCUGUGUCCGUGGUUACAGCCGCCGCUGUCAGCAGUAGUAGUCACACUGUGAGAGGUACGGGGUCUCCCGCCCACCAGCACACGGGCUUAACGUCUACCAAUGCCCCUAACAUUCUUGUUCAACCCCAGAUGGCUCCGAUCGCUCAGCCCCCCAAGUCGCCCCCGAAGUCGCCCCCCAGCGCCCCUUCGGCACCCCCAGCCAAGGAGAAGCUGCCCCCCUCCCUCACUCAGGAGGCCCAGCCGGUCAGCGACGGGGUUAGUUCAGGUUGCUUCAGCGCCCCCUCAAUGACCCAAACCACCAAACCUGAGCCCCGCCAGCAGCAGCAGCACCAACCCCCUCCUCCCCAAACCUCCUGCUCAGAACCCCCUCCUCCUCUCGUCCCCUCACAGCCCAGCUCCCACCUCCCCCCGUCCUCCUCCGCCCCCUCGCACACGCACCCCAGCAGUACCGUACCCCACUUCUCGGCCCCCGCUCCCCGCGUCUCCCACCGCAUGCAGCCCCCGACGGGCCCCUACUACCAGCACGCCGAUCACCAGCAGCAGCAGUUCAUAUCCCACAACACGCAGCAGCAACAGCCCAAACAGAGCCCGCACCCCGCCCAGGCCCCCUCCAUGCUCCCCCAGUCCUCCAUGGGCCUGAUGAAUGGCUCUCAGAUGCAGCAGGCCCACGGCGGAGCCAAGCCCCAGCCGAUGCCACCCAACUUUGGCCCAGCGGCCCUCUUCAACCAUUUCAGCAGCAUGUUCGACAACAACAACCAGCCGGGUAACAACCAGGUUUGGGGUGCGUGCCACCUCCCUGCCCGGUCCCCCUCUGAGCAGCAGUACUCCUCCCCCCAGGCCUACAUGGGCAUGGGCCAGAUGGAUGGCAUGAUGGCGCCCCCACCCCCGGACGGCUCCAAGGCCCCUGGGUAUCGCUCUGCCUCCCAGAGGAUGGUCAACAGUCCUAUCGCCCUGACCAGCUACGCCACCAGUAUGUCAGGCAGUCAGGUCUACCUGCACGGUCCGGCGGCUGUGGGGACGCCCUCCUUCAGCCGACAACACUUCUCCCCUCACCCCUGGAGCGCUGCCACAUCAGGUGAGUCCCAGGCGGUGCCCCCUCCCUCCACGGUGUCGUCGUCCGACCCCUCCGCCCCCACUCCCCACCAGGCCAAGCAGGGCCAGAGUCAGGGAAGCAGCCAGCAGGACAGGAAGGUGCCCCCUCCCAUCGGAACAGAGAGACUGGCCAGGAUCAGACAGACCACCGUCAACCCUCCUCUCCUCCAGACCUCCUACACUGCCCCUGUAGGGCAGGGAGGCAUAUGGUCCUUUGGAGUUGGCAGUGCCUCUGAAGCCAUGUCAGGUUGGUCCCAGCCUCUGAUGGGAAAUCCCAUGAUUCACCCUGGGCUGCAGGCGGACCAGAACUUCUCCCAGCACCAGCCCAUGGAGCAGGAUGACACUGGCAUCUCUAACCCGGCUAACAACUACCACCAGCAACACAUCAACCACCCCAGCAACUACAUGGACUUCCCCAAGGGAAUGCCCAUGUCCAUGUACGGAGGGACCAUGCUGCCGCCCCACCCCCCUAUGGGAGAGGGUCCGGGGGGGCCCAUGUUCAACGGCCUGCACACUGCCGACCCUGCCUGGAGCCCCAUCAUUAAGGUGGUCCCCAACAACACGGACAACACAGACCCACAGCAGGUGUGGCCUGGUACAUGGGCUCCCCAUGUGCACCUGAAUCACGUCAACUAGCCGGCCAGGGUCGACAGCAAUCCAACACACACACACACCGCACCUCUCACGCACACGCACACGCACGCACAAACAUUAAUUUAAUUUCAAACUGACAAAAAGGCCUGACGAGACAAAAAAACUGAAAUGUACAUGUUAACUUUAGUAGAGACCAGAGUGCAAAGAAUUGGAGAGAAAUUAUCUUGACACCGUUCUUUAAUGUGCCUAACUCAAAAUAAGGAAUAAAGAAAUAUACUAAAAAUUGGACAAGGGCUCUUACGGUGUUGCGGUCAGAAGUGUUUCCUGUCCCCCAGGAACCUUUUAGGCCCUAUUUCUGUUUAAGUCCUGAUGAUGUCUGAUGAACAACCAAACUGAUGGUGACUGCCUAUUGUCCCACAGGCUCCAUGCUCUGUGUAGCUUAGAGAUUUAGGACUUUGACCCACGUACCGACAUACAGCGUUCUGGCUUUCCCUGGGGGGAGAGUUUGACCUGGUGAAGAUGAUGACAACGUAGCUAACGAUUCUCAGCCAAGAACUAGAGAGUGAUGAUUAAAGAGAGAGAUCAGAAUACCUUUUAGAGUGGUAAAUACCUGUAUAAUUGUUUACAUACUAAAAAAGGGUUAAAAUGAGAGUAAAUUUCAUGUCGUAUAGUGGCUCUACUUUACGUAGCCUGUAUUAAUGUGAAAUAUUUACCUUAAUAUUCAAUAAAAAUAUUGAAAUGUAA